AUGUUACUCAAAGUGUCGCAUCUCUACACUUUCACAAAUUGUAUACAUAUUCUCUCUCUUUUCUUGAAAACUUCUGUCCAUGAAUUAACUGUGAUUCCUCUUAUAGCGUUUUUACGCGUAAAGGAACCAUUGUUCCCUUCAAGUGCACCACAGAUAAUAGCACAGUGGCGCCAACAACCAGCUGCACGUGAAGUAUCGCUUAGUUGCAUAUUUUAUUGGUUAGGUUUCUUGCAUAUUUCACCUGUUCCUUUCCGCUAUACUUUGUGGUCAGUGUAUGGGUACCGGGUUUUUAUGGCGCCGCCGAUAUCGCUGCCGUCAUUGCGAUCUGUGGACCGCUCUUCCACUAAAGUGUUAGUUGCGGGGCACAUUUCUGCCGUCAAUACCGUACUCGAUGUGUUUCAGAUGGACUACAGUGAAUCGGUACGAAUGUACCGCGUUUGCAGGCGAGGUAAAAAUGGGUUUGCAAAAAUAUUUCCCUUCUUGCGACCUGUUUAUGCUAAUAUAGCAUUAUUGAUUAUUGUUGUGGGAUGUCUAGUAGGCUCGCAAGCGGGGCUUAGAGGCGUUUUGCCAAAUAUUCCGCAAAGCUGGGUUUCAUGGUCCAAGUGGACUGGUAGUGGUACCGCCGAGCAUGUUGUUAUGUGGCAACUAUCGUGUUUUCACAUUUUUAUUUUGGGUUGUCUUUUUUUGCUGAUUCUACAGUUUGUGAGGAACUUGUUUUUUGUGCAUGUUGAUGAAGUGACUGCGAUACGUGGCCUUGGGUUGCAGUUGAACAGUUAUAAUGCGCUCGGUAGGUUGUGUUUCCAGCGAUUUGUUGAUAUAAGACUUAUACGCUCACUUGUUAUCCACGACGCCUUCUUUCGCACACAGGUUCUCUUCUUCCUGUCCGCCACAGUGGAGAAUGAAGCAAGCCGACUCGUGCUAUUUGAAGAAACGCUGCCUCGAUUGGAUGUGCUUCAACCCGUGUUGUGCGGGUUGCGGCAUGUACUUUUCGGGGAGCCCGAAGAUGUUGUGACGGAGGACAGCUUUGAGUGUCAAACGGCUACACAAAACGUUCUCAACUGA